CAUAAAAAUAGAGAUAAUACAUCAUUGGUUUAGCAUGAGUAUUAAGUAAAUUAUGGUAAUGGUAUUUUCUUAAUUUAUGGUAUUGAGUAUAUUCUAGUCUAUAAUCUAUUGUAUGAACGCAUGACGAGUAACUAAUUUGAAAUUGUUCCAUAUUUUUAUUUAAACCAAAAAAAAAAAAUAAUCCUAUAAUGGCCGAUGAAGAGUUUGAACAUGACGAGUGAGUAUUUAAGUUUAAUAUUGAAUUAUGUUUUACAAGAAGUUGAACAUUUGAGUUAAAGUCUAGCUCUUGAAAUUAAAAUUUAAAAAAAAUUCAAAUUAUGGAAAAACAACAAUUGCAUAUUUUUUCAGUGCGCCCAGUCUGAUUUAUAUCCCGUGAUUAAAUUUUCGAUUUUCCCAUUUACUGCUGAGAUACGACAGGUUUAGAGGUUGCACGUUUGCAAACUUGCAAAAAUUGCAUUAUUCACAGUAGCUGUUAGGUUCUGGGGGCCAAAACUAAACUUAAAAAUAUUGGAAAAUGCUAUAGGGGUUUUCUACUAGUUUAAUGACCAAAUAUAACACCGAACAGUCAGAGUUUUAAAAUUUAAAUUUUUUUAACUUUUUCAGACAUUUUUUGGGUAGGUAACGAAUGAUUGUUAAAAUUUAAUUUUUACAGGAAAUUGGAAAAUCUAAAUUCUGAUUACAGAAUGUUGAUAAAGUGAGAAAGGGCUAAAAAUAUGAGGUUGAUUUUUCUACACUGACCACAGACUUUCAAAAUCAACAUUUUUUAAGAAUGCAACUCGCACUUCUAAACAGAUCAUAUCUGCAGGAAAUGGGGAAAUCAAUAAUUGAAUCAUGAAACAUUGGUAAGACGGGACACGAAUACUAUUUGUAUUUAGCGUUUUUCGAUAUUUCGACUUUCUACCCUAAAAGCCAGUUUUCAACCGGUUAAAUUAACUAUAAAUAUAUCAAAGGUAACAACAAAAUGUAUAAGACAUAUAUAUGUAUAACAAUAUAUAUUUAUUUAUCACCCGAUUUAUCUUAAUAGUUAAUUCAAAUUAAAUGUAUAAAUUCUGCCGAAAUUAAUUCAAAAUUACUAUUAAUGCAUCCGUAUUAUAUUUAUGUACAUAAAAAAUAAAUUUAUACAUACUUAAUACAAAAUUAUUAAGUAAGUAUACUCGCAAAUCAGUGGUUGUAGAUUUUUUUUUUUCAUUCUUCCUAAUUUAGAUACCUUAAAACUCAAAUAAUCUUUUUUAUUGUUAUUACCUUUAUUAUAAUAUAAUUAUUAUUUAUAUAUUUUUAAUCCAAAUCUAUUAUUCAUUUUUAGUGGAGGUGCUGACGAUUUCGAUGAGGUUGAAGAUGAUGCAGAUUUAGAUGAAUUAGAUCAGGCCGAAGUAAUAUAUACCUAAUUAUUUAUUUGACAUUUAACAGUUACAUACAAUUUAGCAUAAAACCUUGAAAUUUAUUGUAUUAUAUUGUUAUAAUGCAGGGGUGGCAAACCUAUUUUGAGUCAAGUGCCAAAUUUUUCCAAUUAAGGGUUUUAGAAUUUUUCACGUGCCCAAACAAAAACAAAUUAUUUUCUAAGAAUUGAUAGGAAAAAUAAAUUUACUGAUAUAUUAUAAAUAUUAAGUAUUUUAUUAAGUUUGCAUUUGUUUUUAUUUUAUUAAUUAUGUAUUAUAAAAUAUCUUUAAAUUAGGUGUUAACAAUUAUAUUGUAUGUAUUAAAAAUGAUAAUUAUAUUUCAGUGUGAUUUUUGUUGCUGUUUCUUAGAAGAUAAAGUUUUGAUGUCAGGAGUGUAAUUUGUAAUUUUUGAUGAAACACAAGCAGCACUCGUUUUAUCGGUUAAACCAUUUCUUUCUUUCAAUUUAAGUGAAUUCAUUAUGGAGAAAAAACUUUUACAUGUGUAUGACAAAAAAAUUGAAAGCAUGGAAUGAGCUACUUUUUUCAGUGUAUAAAUUGUAUCUAAAAGCGAAUUCCAGGCUUUCAAAAUUGUAUUGUCUGCAUUUUUCACCCAGUUUGCUUGGUUAAAUUUUAUUUAUUCCAUUAGUUGUCUUGCGUCAAUAAUUUUUUGUUUCGAAGUGACAAGAUAAUAUAAUUAUAAUAAUAAAAGAGCUGAUACUGAAGAUGGGAGCAACCACUAUUUUAGAUGAGAAGUUGGGAAGGUAGGAUACAUAUAAGGUUAUUUCAUUUUUAUCUGUAAUCAAUAAUAAACCAUUGCUUGACAAAAGACGAAAAAACGUGCCCACAGACUAGAAGAAGAAAAAAAAUAAACAUCUUAGUAAAACCAAUAGCUCCCUUGCUAUGUUUGGAAUCUAAAAUAAUAAAUAGUAAACAUUUUAUUUAUGUCCAUAAGAAUAUUAUCAAUAUUAAAACCUAUACAAUUUAUUUCUUCGAAUUACUUAUAACUAACAAAAAUAAAAAUAAAUUGUUUUUUCUUGCGUGCCACUUUUGGCAUGCGUGCCAUAGGUUCGUCAUCCCUGUUAUAGUGUGACCAUAAUAUAUUGCUGAUCUAACCUAUCCUUGCCGAUACAAAAUUUUUUUUGUCGUUUAAACUAAAUUACUUUUUUUUUUAAUAUAAAUUUAUAUUAGAUUUCACACCAAAAUGUAUUUAUUUAUUAUAUUUACAUUACUACAUUUUAACUUUUGGUAAAUAAUAAUAAACUUACUAUUAGGGAUGGGUUCUCAAACUCAAAAACAUUUGAACUUUGGUUGAAGUUUGAAGUUCAUUAAAGUUGUAGUUACUACCUAUGGUCAUCUUAAGAUCUUUAUUCAAUGAAUAUUUGAUUUAAUUUUUUUUUUUUUUUCAACCUAUAUUAGGUUAGGUUACCACUUAUCAUUAGGUACAACGUUUUUAACUUCGCUCUCCACUUAUCAUGAUCUUCAGCAAGUCUUUUUAAUCCAGCGUAUGUAUCAAACCCUACGUCAUUUUUCAGUUGAGAUAUGUACGAGUUUCUUGGUCUUCAAUUGCACCUAUUAUGGUAUGAUGCAAUUCUUCGUCAUGACGUAAAACAUGUCCCAUCAUGUCCCAUCGUCGUCGCUUUAUAGCUUUAAUUAAGGAUCUUGUUUCUCCAACUUGCGUCAAUACAUCUUCAUUUGUUACUCUUUCUGUCCAGUUUAUUUUUUUCAUUCGUCUCCAACACCACAUUUCAAAUGCUUCCAGGGAUCUUUUUUCCUUUUCAUUAAUAACCCAUGUCUCGCAGCUGUAUAAGGCGACACUCCAUACAAACGUUUUUAAAAAAGUCUUUUUUAUUGCUCUGCUAAUUUUUUUCGAAACCAAAAUUUUCUGUUUCUUGAUAAAAGUUGUUUUUGCUUGCCCGAUUCUUUGUUUAAUUUCCUGUGAACUUCUUCCGUCUGAUGUUAUUAGACUUCCCAAGUAUUUAAAACUAGAAACUUGGGAAAUAAGUUGGUUUUCUAAAUAAAUAUUUGCGUUAAUUGUGGGUUCACGAGCACAAACUAAAAUUUUUGUUUUACUUGAAUUUAUAAUUAUUUUCAUUUCUUCCAGAGCUCUCUGAAGGUCGUGCUCUGUUUCUGCUAGUAUUACGAUGUCGUCUGCAAACCGGAUCAUUGGAAUUAAUAUACCACCCACUUUGAUUCCAAUCCCAAGCCUGUUAAGUUUAUCUUUAACUUCCAUAAUACUUUUUCUAUGUAGCAGUUGAAUAAUAAUGGUGAAAGUGGACACCCUUGUCUUACACCUCUACGUAUUUUCGCACUAGCUGACUUAUUAUUUAUUUUAAUUUCUGCGCUUUGAUUUUUGUAGANCGAUAUCUAUAAAUGAUAAGCAUGUUAUUUUAUUUCGAGAUAUUUGUUUUUCUAUUAAGAUCCUAAGUCCUAAAAUUGCCUCUCUAGUUCCCUUUUGUUUUCUGAAUCCAUACUGAUCAUUUCUAAGAUAUUGGUUGGCUUUAUUAAAUAUCCUUCGAUAUAUAAUUUUUAUGAGUAUCUUUGAGGCGUGGGGGAGUAAGCUCAGAGUUCUAAAAUCUGUACAUGAGUCAGCUUUAUUCUUUUUUGGUAAUGUUACAAUUCUGCUGUUGCAAAAGUCCUUCGGUAUUACUCCUGUUUCAUAUAUAUCUUUCAUAAGAUAGUACAUCGCGUCUAUUAUGCUUUCACUAGCGUUUUGUAGUAGUUCUCCGGGGAUUUCAUCUAUUCCCGGGGCUUUUUUAUUUUUCAGAUCUCUAAGACUGGCAUUAAAUUCACUUCUUAGUAGCGGUGCACCAUAAGAACACUCAUCAGUUUCUUCAUUGAUAUCUUGUAACUCAUCCCCUUGAUAUAGUUCUUCCGGGUACUCUCUCCAUCGGUUUACCACCUCUCUUGUAUCCAAGAGCAAUUUACCAUUCUUGUUUUUAAUACUAUUAUUGCGAAUUUUAUUUGUUUUGAGGAAACUUUUAAUGGUUCCAUAGGCUCCAAAUAUUAAUUUGAUUUAAUACAUGGUUAUUUCAAAAAAUUCAAAAUUAAACUAUAAAUACAUUAUAUGUUUGCCAAUAUAUAAUUUGAAUUUCAAAGUCUUAAGUCUUAAGAACAUUAUAGAAUUAAAAGUUAGUAUUAAUAUCUUAAAAUUUAAUUUUCAUGUUCUUUGGCCAACUUAUGACAUAUAUGUUUUUGUAAUAAUUAAUAUCACCCAAUAAAUUAUUUAAUGUAGACGAAUACAACAAUAACCGUAUAUUAUGAAUAAAUUAUAAAAUUACACUAUUAUGAGUAAAAUACAAAUUAGUGAUCAUAGCUGGGAUAUACAUACAUUUUUUUUUAGGUUAUACAUUUUUAUUUUUAUUUUUUAUUUUAUCUAAAUAUGUAAUUUUACAGUUGGUGUUGCUGUAUGUGUAAGCUGAAUAAAAUUUAAAUUAUUUGGAUUAUAUUUUAAUUUAUAAGAACAAAGUGUCAACAAUGAAUAAUUUAAUAAUAAUUUGUUAGGGAUAAUUUUAUUAUAAAUCCCAGUUACAAUAAUUACUAGAGACUGGAUUUAUGUGCUCUUAAAAUCCACAAAAAAACAUUUGAAAAUAUUGAAAAACACUAAAAAAUAUUUAUAUAAGUAAGAAUAAUUGAUGGAUUUAAAAGACCCCUUCUAACGAAUUUAGCUUAUAAAUAAAAUAAAUGUUCUAACAUUACAAAAAUGAUUAAUAAAAAGUAAUUCUUUUUUAUAGUAUGUACAAUUAUAUUUAAAAGAAACUAUUUUGUGUGAAUAAUUUUACUAGUAUUUAGAAAAUUUAAUUUAAUAAGUUAGAUCCAUUAGUGGGGCACGUUUAAACUCUUAUCAUUUUUGUUUUUUUAAAUGUUUGAAAGAGCUUUUUUUAGGGAGUUUUUGAUAUUUUAAAGUGCUUUUUUUGUGGAUUAUAAGAGAAUACAAAUCCAGUCUAACAUUUACAUUAUAUUAUAAUAUUAAGUAUAUAUCUAUCAUAAUAAUUACGCAAAGAAAUUUUCUUGAGGGGGGUGAGUCUAAUUUUAUUUACACACCACAAUGCUUUUGAUGAUGCACUCAAAUUUAAUCAUAAGAAUUGUUUAAAUGCAUCUACUAAACCAAACUGGUAAAAUGAAUACCUAUUUAAUUAUAAAUACAAAGAAACAAAUGAAAAUUGUAUACAUUAUAAACUUAAUACAAUUAUUCAUAAAUAUUAAUAACCAUUUUUUUUUUUAAAGUUUGAAAGAAAAUCAGAGUUUGACCCAUUCUUAUAUAUUAGCUAUAAUAUAUACAAGUUUUGCAAUAAUUUAUAUUGAAAGUUUUACUAAAUGACUAACACUAACAGUAAUUAUAAAUUAUUAUUUAAUAAUAAUACACUGUGCCACUGACUAUAUAUAGUAUGAAAUUAUGAAAUCCAUUACCUUAAAUUAGUUGUGAACAUACUGUAUUGAAAUAAAUAAGUAAAUAUAACCUAUUGAAAUAGCAAAGUAUUCAAAAUAAAUACAUACUAUUUUGAUAUUAACAUAGAAAAGUAAAACGGUUAAAUCAUUACAUUGCAUUUGGUACCUGGCGACAGCUUAUUGUUAGUAAUUAUAUAUUGAUAUACAUAGUUAUAAUUUAUUAAUUUAUGAUUCAUAAAUCCCAAGGACUUAAAAUUUAUAUAUAUAUAUAUAAAUUAUAUUAUAGUUGGGAAAAUAUUGAAAAUUAUUAACCUUAUAAAUAUUAUCCAGUAAUACCAAAUUUCUGUACAAAAGUAAUUAUUUCCAAAUUCGUAUUAAUUUUAUUUUAAUUAAAAAUUGUAUUUGUGCUACUAAUCAUUAAAUCUAAUUUAUUUAUAUAAAUUUAAAAUAUUAACAGGAAAAUGAAGAUAACAUUGAUAUAUUACCAGUUCAAGAAGCACAAAGUCAAGUCCAAAAAUCUAAGCGUAUUACUACCAAAUAUAUGACAAAGUAUGCAUUUGAGCAUUAUAAAAUAAAAAUGUUUUAUUUUAAGAAAUAUAGUAUACUAUGUGUUUUACUUAUUUUAGGUAUGAAAGAGCUAGAGUAUUAGGUACAAGAGCUCUUCAAAUAGCAAUGUGUGCUCCUGUCAUGGUAGAACUUGAAGGUGAAACCGAUCCAUUACAAAUUGCAAUGAAAGAAUUAAAGAAACGUAAAAUACCAAUUGUAAUCAGAAGAUAUUUGCCCGACAACAGUUAUGAAGAUUGGGGUAUUGAUGAACUUAUUAUUGUUGAUCAGUAAACUGAUUUUAAAACUAUUUAACUAUAAGUAAUGGAAAUAAAAUUAUGAGAGUGAAGUAGCACGAAAGCAAUUUUUUAUAAAUAAAAUACAGUAAUUUAAAAGAAU